AUGGAUUCGCUGCCAUUCCGUCCGGACAGAAACGGUAACGAACCACAAAACACGAAGACCAAAUUCCGUAAAACGAAUAUAGAUGCUCUCGAAGAGCCUCACCGCAAUGUCAUAGUAUCCACCGUCUCGAAGAUUCUUUCCACGGAAAUAGCCAAGACCACAUACACCCAGAUUGUUGAUGGUCUCCCCCUUCCAGAAGUUUUAAGAGACGUCUAUGGCGAUCUCAUCAGCCCCGAUCACCCAGUUCACCAGCACGCGCAGCUCAAACACGGUGCACUCAACACUGUAUGUCGGCUCCAUGACGAGUUCGAUCCAAACAUCCUCCAGUUCGAUGUCCCGGAUGAUUUUCACGGCAACUUAUGGUGGCAAUUCAACCGUGACGGGGCGCCUGUCACGCUUUUCCGUCAUCCCUGGUACCGCGACCAUAUGCAGUACCCUCACGGCGCUGCAGACGUGGUGGGAUAUUGGGCCGAGAAUAGGGUGCUUGGAGGGGUAGUCCUCUUCGACCGUAAGACGGAGAUGACGGAAAGCAGUGCCGGCACUGCUGGGUCGGACGCAGUAUACAUCCACCCCGACCGUCAAGAGGUCACAUACCGGAUCUGCCUUCUGACCGAUGCGCAGAAGAAGGUCCUGCUCGACUUCUUGCUGGAUGUGCCCGGCACUGGUCGCUCAGGGCCUGUCAAGGAAACAGAUGCCUGUCCGCUGCCAAUUCUUCCAGACGAGACUAAUGUACAACGUGUCGACCCAGAGGAGCCUAUACGGUAUACUGGCGUCUAUCGCGACCAGUGGGAGAGGAGAAUGCCUCCGCCAGAAUGGUUGGGUGAUGGGAGAGGCUCAUGUGUUUAUAAUCCGCUCGACUUCCCGACCAAAACAGACCAACGCGAUGCAAUGGCGCGUUUCAGGAGCAAGGGUGACAGGCGUGGUAAUGAUGAUGAUGAUGAUGAUGAGUGACACCCCGGGAUAUACCUAGGUAUUAUCUGAGAUAGUAAAAGUCAUGUCCCCAGUCCAGAUAAUGGACGAGGUACGGAGGAUCAUUGAAGAUGAAAUAAAUGCCUAGGUACCACUAGUAGUAAU